AUGCCCCCACCCCGCCGGCCACCAGUCCCCGAGCUCCGGCCACAGCUCCUGGCAUUCGCACAUCAGCCCUCACGACCGAGCCGAGCCUCAGGAGAAGGCCCGCCCGAGCCAGGGCUGGCCUGCCCUGCAGCGGUCAGCGUGAGGCCCGCUGGGCCCCGCCACGGCUGUUACGGCCUGGCUCUGCCGUGGGGCUCUGGCGGACGGCUCCUCCGGCCACGGCCGGACCCGCCUGACCAGGGCGUUGGCUGUGGUGGGGAACGCUGCUCUCGGAGAAAUCGAAACUGGCCCGAGGAGGGAGGGAAGGAGGAAGAGAGUUCCGGGCGGCUGGGCGGUGCGGCCAAGAUCCCGCUCUUGGGGCUGGGCACAUGGAAGGCCCCCCCAGGUAAGGUGGAAGCUGCAGUGAUGGCUGCCAUUGAUGCUGGGUACCGCCACUUUGACUGUGCCUAUGUGUACCAGAAUGAGAAGGAAGUUGGGGAGGGGAUCCAGCAGAAAAUCAAGGAAGGUGUUGUGAAACGAGAGGACCUCUUUGUGGUCAGUAAGCUGUGGUGCACAUUUCAUGACAAACCUCUGGUAAAGGGAGCCUGCCAGAAGACUCUUGCUGACCUGAAACUGGAUUACCUGGAUCUCUACCUCAUGCACUGGCCUUUUGGUUUCAAGGCAGGAGAGGAGCUGUUUCCCACAGAUGACAAAGGCAUGGCUAUACCCAGCAACACAGAUAUUCUGCAUACAUGGGAGGCCAUGGAAGAGCUGGUGGAUGCUGGUCUGGUAAAAGCCAUUGGCAUCUCCAACUUUAACUGUGAACAGAUUGAAAGACUCUUGAACAAGCCGGGACUGAAACACAAGCCUGCAAAUAACCAGAUUGAGAGUCAUCCAUACCUUUCCCAGGAAAAGCUUAUCAACUACUGCCAAUCCAAAGGGAUCACUGUGACAGCAUAUUGUCCCCUUGGACGCCCUGACAGGGCUAAGCCAGAGGAGCCUCCCCUUCUGGAUGACCCCAAGAUCAAAGAGAUUGCAGCCAAGCACAACAAAACCCCAGCACAGGUUGUCCUUCGCUUCCAGAUCCAGAGAAAUGUGAUUGCGAUUCCCAAGUCUGUCACCCUACAGCGCAUUGUGGAGAACUGCAAGGUGUUUGACUUUGAGUUGACUAAAGAGGAGAUGGCAACCCUUCUCAGCUUAAACAGAAACUGGAGGAUCUGUGAAAUGAUCACGUGCAAAAAUCACAAGGAGUACCCUUUCAAUGCAGAAUAUUGAAGAUAGUUUUAUCCUGCCCUCCUGGAGCCCUUUGGGGUCUAAUGAGCUUCUGCCAUUGCCUACAGUUUAUCCACUAUGUAGAUUGCACACUGUAUCUCUCCUGCCAGUGAAGGCGUAGUGUAUGUAUUCAGUGACUUUGGGUUUUUCUUCUUUGGUGGAAGGAAAUAGUAAAAUUGUUCUAAAGAACAAAAUAUGGGCUAUAAUAAUGCAAUACUCAUUACAUGAGUGUCUCUGCAUG